CGAGUGUCGGCGGCGCGCUUCUGCGGCCAUCUGCGCCCUGACUGACCGCAGCCAGUUCCUCGAGGAGGCCCGGCGGGAAGGAUUUCAAUGGAUAUUAUAAAGGGAAACCUAGAUGGAAUUUCAAAACCAGCUUCAAAUUCAAGAAUAUGCCCUGGGAGCAGAAGUUCAAAUGCUUGUUUGGAGGUGCUCUCAACAGGACCAGGAUCCUUCAAGGGCAGUACUGCAAGCAACUUGAACUCUGGAAAAGAGGACCACUCUGAAAGCAGUAAUACAGAGAACAGAAGAACUAGUAAUGAUGAUAAGCAGGAAAGCUGCUCUGAGAAAAUAAAAUUGGCUGAAGAGGGAUCAGAUGAAGAUCUGGAUUUGGUUCAACAUCAGAUAAUCCCUGAGUGUUCAGAUGAACCCAAAUUAAAAGAAUUAGAUUCUCAACUUCAAGAUGCUAUACAGAAGAUGAAAAAACUUGAUAAAAUAUUGGCAAAGAAACAACGCAGAGAAAAAGAAAUUAAGAAGCAAGGUCUAGAAAUGAGAGUAAAGCUGUGGGAAGAAAUUAAGUCUGCAAAAUAUAGUGAAGCUUGGCAAAGUAAAGAGGAGAUGGAAAAUACAAAAAAAUUUUUAUCUUUGACUGCUGUUUCUGAAGAAACUGUUGGUCCUUCUCAUGAGGAGGAAGACAGCUUUUCCUCAGUGUUUCAUACUCAAAUCCCUCCAGAAGAAUAUGAAAUGCAGAUGCAGAAACUCAAUAAAGAUUUUACCUGUGAUGUGGAAAGAAAUGAGUCAUUGAUCAAAUCAGGAAAGAAACCUUUCUCAAAUACAGAAAAGAUUGAGCUCAGGGGUAAACACAACCGGGAUUUUAUUAAGAGAAACAUUGAGUUGGCCAAGGAAUCAAGAAACCCAGUGGUUAUGGUUGACAGAGAGAAGAAAAGGCUGGUUGAGCUUUUGAAGGACUUGGAUGAGAAAGAUUCCGGGCUCUCCAGUUCUGAGGGUGAUCAGUCUGGCUGGGUGGUCCCAGUAAAAGGAUAUGCACUCGCAGUCACCCAGCAUCAGCAACUUGCUGAAAUUGAUAUAAAACUCCAAGAACUCUCUGCAGCCUCCCCAACAAUUUCCAGUUUUUUUCCAAGACUUGAAAAUCGGAAUAAUCAGGAACCUGACCGCGAUGGUGAAAGAAAUAUGGAAGUGACUCCAGGAGAAAAGGUACUUAGGAACACCAAAGAGCAACGCGAUCUGCAUAAUCGGCUGAGAGAGAUUGAUGAAAAGCUGAAAAUGAUGAAGGAAAAUGUGUCACUCCCUUCUCUCAUUAUUCCACUUAAUAUGCUGCAUCGUGGAGUAAACAUCAGUCUAGAGACACAAUGGUCCAGAGAUCCCUGUGAAAGGGAGCCCUCAUCCGGGGAGCCGCAGCUUGCACAGUCACCCCCUCACCCCUUCCUGGGGAGCAGUGAGAAUGCCAUGGGCUGUGCCUGCAAUGAGAGUGCUGCUUUUCUGUGA